AUGUCGACCAUUACCAGGACGCUUGGCAACAUCCGCCGGAUCGGCCUCAAGGAAUACUGGCACCAACUCCAGUACAUCGGCGACACGAAGGCUGGCACUCUGGUCGGCACCGACAAGUUCGGCAACAAGUACUACGAGAACUGGACAGAUGAGCUGCCUUUGCGUACACGAUGGGUGGACUACAAGAAGCACGACUUUGACCCCGCCCAGAUCGAGCCCUUCUGGCACGCAUGGAUCUCCUACGCCGUCGACAAGCCCCCAACGGAGGACCCCAUUGCCAAGGUAGCCCGUAGCUGGGCGAAGCCUUACCACAUCCCGAACUACACUGCCACGAGAGGCGCCUACAAGCCAUACAACACGACGAAGCCGAAGAUCGAUGCCUGGCAGCCCAAGGCCAUCGCGCGAUGA